CAACUGUCUCCUCGCCGGAGCCAUGAACCAGUCCCGUGCUGGCGCCCGCCUGAGCAUCGUGCUGGGACACCUUGGCCAGUGUUUGGCCAGGGCUGGUGUAACUCACCCCACUUCAGGGGCUGUUUCUCCUAACAGUUUCCAUCCUCCACAAUUCCAGUAUACUCGGGAUAAUAACGUUCUAAGCCUAGAACAGAAACAAUUUUAUGAAGAAAAUGGGUUUCUUGUCAUUAAAAAUUUGGUAUCUGAUGCUGAUAUUAAACGCUUUAGGAGCAAGUUUGAAAGGCUCUGCCAAGGGGAGGUGAAACCAGAGCAAAUAAUGAUAAUGAGAGAUGUGUCCAUUGCAAAAUCAGAAUAUAUGCCAAGUGAAAAGACAGUUUCAAAGGUCCAAGAUUUUCAAGAAGACAAGGAACUCUUCAGAUACUGCACUCUCCCUGAGAUUCUGAAAUAUGUGGAGGGCUUCACUGGACCCAAUAUUAUGGCCAUGCAUACAAUGCUGAUAAACAAACCUCCAGAUUGUGGGAGGGCAGCCACCCGUCGCCACUUCCGGGGUCGAGCGGAGGAUGGCGACGCCUCCGCUGCGGAAGGAGGAGUUAGGGGCGGAGCCGCGUUUGCGUGCCGCCUGAACGGGCAGGCGGACUUUGCGCAUGCUCGCACGACGGCGUCUCCAACUCCGCUUCAGGUGGCGCUUCGCUCGUGCUGUUCCCCAGUGGGGAGGCUGCGUUUAGAGUUGCCGAAAGAUUGGGCGUUGGGCAGAUUCUUUUCCCGUCAUCAGUCUGUCUUCUGA